UGUUUACUAUUUUGUUUUUAGAAAAAUGCCGAUGAGCGCAGCCGAACGUCAACGUAAGCGCAGAGAAAAACUCAGAAGUCAAGAACCUGAUAAAUACGAAGAAAUUAAAAAGAAACAUGCUGAAUAUAUGAAAAAUAAAAGAACGCUUAUUGGCCAGCUAUCGUCAACAGAACAAAGUAAAAAGAGAAAGCAAUGGCGAGAGGCAAAUGAAAGAAGAAAAAAUAAAACAGAAGGAACGGUAAGAAAUGAAGAAGAUCAAGUGCCGCCGAACGCUGGCUUCGAAAGGAGAUAUAGGGCAGCAUUGAAGAAAAUAGCACUGAUGAGAGAAUCUAUUGGAAAAUUGAAGCGGGAAAAUAACACAUUGAAAAAAAGAGUAUAUCGACAACAGAAACAGAUAGAUGCUGAUGAAGAGAUCAAAAAAGAGUUAGAACCUAUCGAAGAAUUAACCAUCGAAGAACAUUUUACUACACCAAGUGGUUCAAUAGAUAUGGAUAGUUGUUUAAAAAAUAUAGAAGAUGAAACAAUUAUUACUAUAGACGGUACGAAACGCGAUAGUGUAAAUACCAAAGGGUCAAAUAGUGAUUCUGAUGAAAAUAAUCAGCAAAUUAAAGUUGAACCUUCACAUUGUAAUACAAACGAAAAUCACUUAAUAGGCGAUAUUGUCAGUGAAAUUAAUAGAAACGUAUUAAAUAUAUUGCAAGUGGUGAAUAAAGAGGCAGAUGAGUUUGAAACAUUUGGGAAGUACGUAGCAAUUGUGUUACGUAAUCUACCGCCAGAUGUAGCUGCUACGGCUAAAAGAGAAUUGCUGGCAACAUUAGCGAAUAUACAAAAGAAAAUAUAUACAUAGCUGUGUGUGUAGCAAGUUCAGCUGAUACAGAAUUGCCGGGAAUAUUAGCAAAUAUACGAAAGUAUUUACGUAUCUUUAUAUCUAUCUUCAAAAGUUAGGCAGAAUAUCGAUAUGUUCAAAGAUUAUCAACUCAGUGUUGCUUGAUUUUAUUUCGAACGCUCAUUGGUAAUAUUGUCGUUGGCAAACGAACACAACAAUGUUUUGAUGCAAACACAUGACUAAAUAUGUGAAAAAAAUGAAAAUGCUAGAAUUAUAUAAAAAAAAAUUAAGUCAAAAGGCUUCUCUCAUUAGACACCACUGAAAAUUGUUUUAACACAAUCACUGCUAUGCCAAAAGAAUUGUGUUAAGUUAGAUAACUCAUCUUGGUAAUUGAGUAUUAAUGAUGUUAAGUAUUAUAUAAUAUAUUA